UUCAUAGCCUGUUAUGCUGUCUCAAUCACUGAGGACUAACUUGCCCAUACUGACGGAUGAACGCGCAGCCCGCUCGCACUCACAGCUGGCUCACCGGCAGCAAAGUCUUUACGCGCAAGGCAUCAUUGGCUGAGAACCCAUGCGUGUCACAGAGAAGGACGACGAACCAGUAAACUAGUUCCAGUGGCUCCCUUACGUCGGCCACCUGCUCUGUGUUCCCUCUCCGCAGCAGCUCAUCGAUCCGCGGACUGAUUGGCUUUUUUUCCUCUCCCCCGACUGGAGCUCUCCACGGUGCUGAAACAUGAACCAGAGCGCAGGAGCAGCGCAGCACACUCGGCGCUACUCGAGUGAAGGAAAGGACCUUGGAUCUAUUGGACAGGAUAAAAACUGGAAGGGCAUUGGCAUCUCCCUGCUGGUUAUUAUGUUGGUGCUCUCACUCAUUGGACUGUCCAUUGUUCUGCUGUCUAAAGAUGAUGGUGGUAAACCCUUUGGUUCACAGUUGACGCUGGAUGACCUCUUUCAAAGAAGCUUCCAAAUACAUGAUCCUGAGGCAAAAUGGAUCAGUGAUGAAGAAAUCAUCUUUCGAAGCUGGGAUGGAGACAUUAUGAAAGUCAGCACAAACAGCAACGAGACAGAACUCCUGCUGAAAAACACAACAUUUGCAACUUUUAAGGCUUCAAAGUUUGAGGUUUCUCCCGAUUUGAACUUUGUUCUCCUGGGAUAUGAUGUCAAGCAGGUCUACCAGCACUCUUUCUUAGCAUCGUACCUGAUCUACAACCUGUAUACAAGAGAGGUUCGGGAGCUGAAUCCUCCAGAGGUGUCAGAUUCAGUCCUCCAGUUUGCCUCGUGGGGCGUUCGUGGUCAGCAGCUGAUCUACAUAUUUGAAAACAACAUUUACUACCAAACGGAUGUUCACAGCAGCUCGUGGAGGCUCACCUCUUCUGGUCAGGAGGGGAUCAUCUUCAACGGCAUCACAGACUGGCUGUAUGAGGAGGAGGUGCUGCACACACAGACGGCCCACUGGUGGUCACCUGACGGCUCCAGACUGGCCUACCUCACCAUCAACGACUCCCUGGUUCCUAACAUGCUCCUGCCCCGCUUCACAGGCUCGCUGUACCCCAGGGGGAAGGAGUACCCUUAUCCAAAGAUGGGUCAGAUAAAUCCCACCGUCAGACUCUAUGUCGUCACCGUAGACGGCAGCUCGCUCACUACAGAACUGAGACCUCCCGACAGUUUUGAAAAGAGUGAGUACUACGUCACCAUGGUGAAGUGGGUGACACAGGAGAGGCUGAGUGUGCGUUGGGUUAAUCGAGCUCAAAACUUGUCAAUUCUUUCACUGUGUGACGUCCUAACAAGUGACUGCACAAAGAAACACAUGAUGACAUCGGAGAAGUGGCUUGAUCGCCAGAAUGAGGAGCCAGUGUUCUCCAAGGAUUGCACAAUAUUCUUCAUCACUAUGCCAUUAAAACACGGUGGCCGUGGGGGAUUCAACCAUAUCGCCAAGAUCUCCAACCUUUCUGAGGGUCAAGAGGUCGACGUCCGCCACCUGACCUCAGGAAGCUGGGAAGUCUUUCAAAUUCUGGCCUAUGAUGAGAGCACAAACUCAGUUUAUUUCCUAAGUACAGAGGAAGGAUCAACACAACGGCAAUUGUACAGAGUCUCCACUGUGGAUCCAUUUCAUAAAGAAUGCCUCACCUGCUCCCUCUUCAAAUCAAAGUGCACCUACUACGACACAAUCCUCAGCCCAGACUAUCAGCAUGUUCUUCUCAACUGCAGAGGUCCUGGAAUACCUCAAACUACUCUUCACAAACUAAGUGACAUGAACAAACACAAGACUCUGGAAAGUAAUAUAGUAUUAAGGCAUGUACUGAUGAACAGGACAAUACCCAAGUGGGAGAGAAGAACUGUACAAAUCAACAACUUUGCACUUCGUCUGGAGUUAAUUGUCCCAAUAGAUUUGGAUGAAACAAAGGAGCACCCACUUUUACUGAUUGUUGACAGCGCCUCUGGUGGUCAGGCUGUGAGUGAUCGGUUCUCUCUCAGCUGGGACUCUGUGCUGGUCAGCUCAGACAGCGCCAUCGUGGCUCGUCUGGACGGCCGGGGCAGCGGCUUCCAGGGACAGAGGAUCCUGCACGAGGUUCACCAGAGACUGGGAACUGUUGAUCUCCAGGACCAGAUCACAGCUCUGGAGCACCUGGUCAGGCUACCCUAUGUUGAUGGCAAUAGAGUUGGGGUUUAUGGAAAGGCGUAUGGAGGAUUCCUUUCCUCUCUCCUGCUCCUCUCCCACAGCUCUAUGUUCCGGUGUGGCAUCGCUGUAGCUCCUAUAACAAACUGGAGACUCUAUGGGUCGGCCUACGCUGAGAAAUACUUUGGCUCCCCAGCUAAAGAAGUUCACAAAUGCCAACAGAUCUCCAGUCUGCUCAGUAACAUCACAGCACCGAGUCCUCUGAACUUUCUCAUUAUCCACGGCACAGCAGAUGCCACUGUUCAUUUCCAGCAUUCUGCUGAGCUGGUCAAACUGCUGUCUGCGUCAAAUGUUAAUUACACUCUCCAGAUUUUCCCAGAUGAAGGACACAACAUUGCCCUGGCCAAGAGCCAGCACUACAUGCUAUACUCAGUGCUCACCUUCUUCAGGCGCUGCUUUGAGGAGGAGCAGGUUGCUGUCCCGGAGACAUCUAAAGAAGAUGACUAACCCGUAGAACUUCCUGCAGUGAAACAGUUUAGAGUAGUGACUGCUGUCUUGAGCCAACAAAGUCUGUGUUUUCCUGAAGGGCUGCUAUCUAUAAAAGCACUCCAAGAGCAUUACUGAAAACCUACAGACCUACAGUGUGUAAGAUACGUAGCAUUACAUUUGUGCUGCCAUGCCAUUGUUUGCAUUAUUCUGAAACCCUAGUAGUCCAAUUGCAUUCCAUUGGCCACUGCACCGAAAAUACCAGCCUGAUACAACUUACAUAACAUAUUUAACUACGUAACUUAACCGAUGUACUCAAACCAUUACCUUUUCCUAAACCUAACUAUUUAUUUUUGGUGCCAAAAUUUAACAAGGACUGUUUCACAAUGUUAACCAUGUUUAUCGUAACCAUGAUGAUUAAAGUCAUCUGACUAUGACGACAAAAGGUCACCUGGCCAUUGUUAUGAGAACAAUGAGGUCACCUAAACUUUGCCCGUCAAAUUCACUGUAGUAAGAGCAGAAAACUCUAGGGAGAGUGUUUAUUUCAGGAACAAUGGGCAACAGCAUGUCAAACAAAUUGGCUUUCGGUCAGUUGGGACAUCUUUUGGACUUUUGGGGUUUCGAAAUAAUGGGCCGUUGGAACAAUGGGCAAUCCUCACAUUUGUUAAGACGAGCGUGGUGAUUCCAGGGUUGUGAUGAUUUAGUUAUUGAACUGAAAAAAUGGUAGUAUGUCACUGUAUUUUAAUGCUUCAGAUUAUAACUAUUGUUUGUACUGUUUGUUUCAUGUACUGAGUACAAAUGUCAGGGAAUCAAAGAAACAAGUAUUUUUCCAUUUUAAAGUAUAAUUUUUGUUGAUUGCUCUACUGUGAAUAUUUCUAUUUACUGCAAACAAAACAAUUUAACCGUAUACCAAAUUUUGAGAGAUCAUAUCACGAAACAAUUUUUGCUGGUGCCUUUACCUCUUUACAGACGUCACAUUGUUCAUAGACUUACCAUAAUAAUUAGAUAAUGAAGCACUGAAGAUUACCAGAGCGUCUGCAUUCUCAGUAGUGUUUGAAUGAUUUCCCAUCUUGCCCAGCAAUGAUACAAAAAGCAAUUACCAAUUCUGGAAACUUCCACCCCAUUUGGACAGGAAUUAUGUUUCUUGGAGAUGUGAGGUGAUUUCAACUUUUCCUGCACUGGUCAAUAAUUGAAAUCUAAUCCUGAGUGGAUAUGUAGAUCACUUUUCACCUAAUAUCAAUAACACAUCUUUCUGCUUCUGUUUGUAGUCCAAUUAGAAUUGACCAAUCCCAUAUGAGUGGGCUUUGGUUGCAUGCAGGUAAACAGUCAGUGUGAAGGGCAAAAGUGAUGGACCGUCCAUGUCUACUGCUGACCACACCCUGUUUUCUCUCCAUUUUCAGAUGGUCAAAAUGCCGUCCAGAAGGAUGAGUUAAAUAAUAGCUGAACAGAGUGAAUAUUUCAUUCCCCACUUCCCCCUGUAUUUUAAUCUGGUCCGAAUAGGGCUUUUCAUUAAAAAAAGGUAAUUACGGUCUUUAGGGCAUUUAUAUGGAACACACAACUUGUUUUUUGUUGUUGUUUUUCUUCUUGUGUUUUUUGUGAUUAGGAACUCUUUUUGAGUUCUAUUAGGAAUUAUUUAAUUUGGGGUACUUCAUAAAUAUAGGCUGGAUUUGAUGAAAUUCAUCAUAUUACAGAUUAUUAGACUAUAUAGUGAUCAGAAAAUGUAAUGUAUAUUUGUUUUCAGAGCAAUAUGAUGAGAAAUGUGUCUUUUAUCUAGACUUUGAAGAAACUACAUAGCAGUAGUACUCACUGGUAUCAUCUGAUUCCUUUUAUGAUCGAGUCCACUCGGACAUGGAUGCUUUUUUCACACUUAUUCUUUUGAAUGUUUAUGGCCAACUGAAUUCUUCACUGUUACAUGUAACAUUUAACAUCACAAAAUGUUUAAAGUGUUUCAAAUGGGCAAGAAAAUGGAGAAAUGUAAGUAGUGAUAAUACCAGUCUAUUCUGUACAGUGUGCUUCGUCCAUAACCAGACUCCUAUAAUCCUGAAUGAUCACCAUAUCCUUCCUUGAAUAGGACGUAGCAAACCAGAUCAUUCUCAGACCAUGAUCCUGUGCUGCUUACACUUCUACACUUGCUUGAUUUGUCAGACUGCAAUUUGCUCUGUUAUAUAUAUAUAUAUAUAUAUAUAUAUAUAUAUAUAUAUAUAUAUAUAUAUAUACUGUACAUUAUAGUCAUUAUGUCGACUGUAGACAUUUGUAUACUUGAGAAGAUUUAUAUGCUGAAAUAAAUUGUUAAACAAGACAGUCUUG